AUGCGAGGCGGCGGAGCGCCGGCCGUGAUCGCGGCGGGGGGCGUGAGGCGCCACGAGGCGGCGGCGGCGCUCGCGACGGCGCGCCACCUGGCGCACUGCCAGGACGGGAACGGGUGGCUCCUCGCCUUCGACGGGGCGGUGGUGCCGGCGGGCGACGACGAGGCGGGCGAGGCGCUGACUCCGCGCACCAAGGAGCGGGUGGCGGCGGCGCUGCAGGAGGUCGGGGCGCGGCUGCAGCCCAACCGGAUGCUCGCCCAGCUGGCGCUCGCCAUCCGGGACGCACACACGAGCUGCGCAAACCUGGUGUCUGCCCUGUCGCCGCCGCGCGACGCGCAGGGCGGCUUCGGCGGCGAGGGCGGCGCGCCGACGGUGACUCGCUCCCUCACCGAGUUCGGCCUCGGCGCCUAUGCGAGAGCGCCGACCCCGCCGCCGGGAGGCGAGUGCCCUCCGAUCCCGCCUCUGUGCGCGGCAGACGGAGGAGAGCCGUCCGGCCGUUCGACGGAGUGGGGCACGCCGCCGGGCACGGAGGAGCCGUCUGGGCGCUCCACCGAGUACGGCUCGCCAGACGCGGCUGCGGACGACUCGGCAAACGACGCGACGCCAUACGUCCCUUUCGCGCCCUCGCCGCAGUGACGGCCGGUGCGGUACGGCCGAAACGGGGCACGUUUGCGCAGGCGAGUUCCGUUUCGUCGCGCGGCGGCGAGGGGGUGGGGGGGGGGGAUCCACUGGCUGGGGGAGGAGCCGGGCUAUACGAAGAGGACUGAGGAGGCCAGGCUGUUGUGCGUGCGUGUGGGCUGUGCGUGCGAGGUACACGUGCGGGGAGCCGGGUGGAUGAUUGGUGCCGUGGUGCUAGUGGUGGCAGGAAACUAGAUGUCAGGAGAGGGC